AUAAAUUAAUUGGAUUUAAGAAUAAUAUGACUGUAUAUCGAUACUUUGCGAUUAUCGAUAAUCACAUUUGCAUCCAUUUCGAUACUAUAUCAUACCUUAUCUGAAAUCGUAUCAUUGUAGGUUAUAUUACAAAUAAUUUAAAAAUAAGAUUUAUAAAGAACUAUGUACAUUUCGAAUUGAAUUUUGAAAUUAUUAUAUACAUUAAUAUCAAAAGUUAUCUUAAUUAUUAUGUCAAUUUUACGAAGAGCACAGCAAUGGAACACUUUUUCAACUAUUUGGCAUAUAUAUGAUGCAAAAUGGCAAGAUCCCUAUCUAAGUGCAGAAAAAAUAAAGCUUUAUCUUAUGGGUAUACAUAAGCCAAUAUAUCAUCCAUUGAAUUAUUGUGGUGAUCAUGUGAUCGUAAUAAAUAGUAAAGAUAUAGCUUUACGAGGAGACGAGUGGCGAAAACGUGUGUAUUUCCAUCAUAACACAUAUAUCGGUGGUGCUUCUUGGACUCUUGCUUGGGAACUUCAUAAUAAAAAUCCAACUUUGAUAGUAACUAAAGCAGUGUAUCGUGCAUUGAAAGGAAAUUUACAAAGAAGACACACGAUGCAAAGAUUACAUGUUUUCCCAGAUGAAAAUGUUCCAGAAGAAAUGCUUAAGAAUGUUUGUAAUCAGAUUAAGCAAUUAAGACCAGUUCCAGUUAGAUUAGAUCAUAUUCCCAAAGAAGAAGUAGAACAAUUUCCAAAAUUGUUAACUUAUCCUGAAGAUUAUAUUCUUAAGUGAUUUAUAAAUUGUAAAUAAAAUUAUUAUUAUAAUACAACA